GCCCGAGCGGCGGCACCGGCACCGGCACCGGGAGCGGCACCGGCAGCGCCCGCGGCCGCCAUGGCCGAGUACCGCAGCCUGCUGGAGGAGCUGGCCCAGAACAUCACGGCCGAGGACCUGGAGCAGCUCAAGUCCGCGUGUCGCGAGGACAUCCCCAGCGGGGAGGGGGACGCCAUCGCCACCGGCCACCACUGGUUCGCCUUCCUGGAGCGCCACAGCAAGCUGGACCGAGACAACCUGUCCUACAUCGAGCACAUCUUCGAGAUCUCGCGGCGCCCGGACCUGCUGACCAAGGUUGUCCAGUACCGCACGCAGGUGCUCAAGAUCUCCGAGGAGGACGAGGUGGACACGAAGCUCACGCGCAUCCCCAGCGCCAAAAAGUACAAAGACAUCAUCCGGCAGCCCUCGGAGGAGGAGAUCAUCAAACUGGCCCCCCCCCCCGAAAAAGGCCUGAGCAGGAGGAGGAGCCCCCCCCAAAAACCCCCCCAGAGCCCCCUCCCCAAAUUCCGCCCUGGGGGGGAGGGGGCUGGGAGAGGGGGAGGGGAAUCAACAACGUCUGAACCCCCCCUCAAAAUGGGGGAGGGGGAUUUGGGGGGAAUUCCCAUGGGACCCCCCCCCAAAAAAAUCUCGAUGGGGUGGGGAGGGGGAGGGAUGGAGGACCCCUCCCCAAAUCGUGGGGGAGUUGAGGGGGGGGCAUCAAAAAUGGGACCAACCCCCCCCCAAAUCCUAAAUUUUGGGGUCACAACUGUUGGGACCCCCACCCCAAUUUGGGGGGGAAUUAAAAAUAUUGGGACCCCCCACCCUAAAUUUGGGGUCAGACACUUGAGACCCCCACCCCAAUUUGGGGGGGGGUUUAAAAGUAUUGGGACCCCUCCCCACCCUAAAUUUGGGGGGGGAUUAAAAAUAUUGGGACCCCCCAUCCUAAAUUUGGGGUCACAGGGACUCCCCACCCUAAAUUUUGGGGUCUCAGACACUUGAGCCCCCCACCCCAAUUUGGGAGGGGGUUUAAAAGUCCUGGGACCCCUCCCCUAAAUUUUGGGGAUCCCCCACAACUCAAAUUUUGGGGGGGGGGUUUCACUGAGACCCUCCCCCAAUAAUUCCAGGGGUUAAAUUUGGGGGGCACUGGGACCCCCCACCCCAAUUUUGGGGGUCACAAGCACCGGGACCCCCCCAAAUUUUAUUUUUGGGGGGGGGCACAGAGGGUUGGGGGAGGUCGAGGUUGAUUUUGGGGGGGGGUCUCAGCGCCCCCCCCACCCGAGUGGGGCCUUUUUUGGGGCUGUGGCAGGAGGGGACAAGGAGGUGACAAAAAGGGGGGGGGACAGUGAGAGGUGGCACCCCCAGAAUUGGGGAAAA